CAAAAUGCAUCAGAGACGAAAAACCAAUGAAAUUAGAAAUAAGGAUACGGACUCAAAAGCGAUUGAAACCAUACCUUCUCAUCCUUAUAAAGAUGGUGUUAAAAGCUCAGCUAGUGGAAAACAAUUAUGUCAACAGGGACAUCGAGUUUUAAUGAUUGGUUUAAUCAUCUUUGGAUUAUUUCCUUUGUUAUUUUAUUUUUCUAGUUGGGUUCGAUGCCAGUAUAUUUUUGGACCUCUCCUAAAUUGGCCACCGUAUACUUCGCUGUCUUCUCCUCAGAAUUUGAAUUUAAACUGUACAAUUAACCAUAACUUGGGUGUAGAGGAAGGAGUAACCCUCGGAAUCUGGCAUAUCUUGCCAAAAAGUCAACCAACAAAAUGUGAAAAGGGCUUAGUUCUAGAGACAGAGUUCGAAGAUAAUAGACCCGUGUUUCUUUAUCUCCACGGAAUUAUCGAGAACAGAGGAGCAAGCCAUCGACUCGGUAUGUACAAUGUCCUGUCACAAAGUCAGGUGGAUAGUCAUGUGGUAACUUUCGACUAUCGUGGUUUUGGUGACUCUUCUGGAACUCCUACUGCUACCGGAAUGACCAAUGAUAGCAAAGCUGUAUACUGGUGGCUACGAAAAUUUGUCAGCGAAAAACGCAUUGUAAUAUGGGGGCAUUCCAUGGGCGCUGCUGUUGGUCUUCGUCUCGUUGAUGAAUUAUUAAAAGAUGGAGAGUCUGUAGCAGGACUUGUUUUAGAAGCGCCUUUUAAUACUCUUGACGAUGUAGCUGUGACAUAUCCACCACUUGCUUUCUUAAGUUUCUUACCUUAUUUUGACACCCUUAUAGUGGAGCCUUUGAAAGAUAAAGAUACAUUUUUCAAUCCUGAAGAGCAUAUUGUAGCUGUAAAGAAGCCAAUUUUAUUUCUUCAUGCACGUGGCGACUGGUUGGUCCCUUACAGUCUCGGAGAGAAGCUUUACCAAAAGGCUCAAGAAAAUAGACCCAGUCAUAUGAAGUCUUCUGUUCAGUUUGUUAACAUUGAUGAAACUGGGUCGUAUGGUUGUGGGCAUCGUUGGCUAAGCCUAGAUCCCAAGCUACCAGAAGUAAUCACUAAAUUCCUAGAAUCACUAAAUGGAGAAAAUAUCAAAGCCACACUUUCAACCUCUGCGUGA